AUCACAGUUGAAGGGAAACACGGGGCAGAUCCACGGUUUGCCUCCGAAACCUGCAUUCUGUGCAAGUUUUGGAAGGUCUACUGAAAUAUUGAGCAUUUUCAAUUUGUUCCAUUUUUUUCUUUUAUUACUAAAUGUUUGACACGCUUGAAUACCACAAUCCCUAGCCAGCUGCUCUGCUGUGAAAAUGGGGAAACGGCGGAAGCAAAGGCAAAGGAAAAGGAAAGCAGCAGUUGAUAGGGACGUUAUCAGCAGGUUGCCGGAUGAAAUCCUGUGCAACAUCCUCUCAUUCCUUCCAACCAGAACGUCCGUGGCCACCAGCGUCCUCUCUCGCAGGUGGCGCUACCUCUGGAAGAAAGUCCAAGCCUUGGACCUCAACGAUGAUUUCUUUUACACCCCUGAACUUUCACGUAAUGAAGCACAAGAGCGCUUUCUUAUUUUUCUCAAGAAGUUUGAGCCGCUUCUGCUCCCGCUUCCCAUGCGUAAGUUCUGCCUCUCUUGCCCGGUGGGUCAAUUUGGGUAUACAGACCUUAUUGGUUGGAUUGAGCACGUCAUCGGCAGGGUUAGUGAACUCUAUUUCUCUGUGAGGACCGAUGGGCAGACUUAUGAAUUGUAUUUUCGCAAUUUGCAUAGCACUUCGCUCGUGUCGCUCGUUUUGGACGGUAAUAUUAUGAUUGUUGUGGAUUUUGUUCCCACUCCCAGUGAAAGUAUUUUCCCAUCCCUCAAGAACCUAGAGCUGCAUGUCAUUUUCAACUAUGUGGACCUCGAUUUGCUUCUAUCUGGUUGCCCAGCUCUUGAAACUCUUAGGCUCACUUUAAUUGAUUUUCGUCUUGAAGCAUUCCACAUGCCUCCUUCCUUGAAGAGUUUAACCUUUGAGGAACAAUAUUCAGAUUCCGAAGAUGUGACACUUGAGCUUCUUGAGGUAAACACUCCAUCUCUUGAAUACCUACGUCUCACAUUACGAGGUUGUUACGCAGAGAUUUUGGUUUGUGAUUAUCCCAACAUAAAAAGAGCAUCUCUAGAUAUUUCUCGUAAAUCUGGGAAUAUUGCUUGGGUUCCUAAGCUCCUCCGGGCACUUUGCAAAACAAAAUUCUUUUGGCUGCAAGUUUCAACAAUCGAGUGUUUGAUUUGUGCGCCAGUACUAGACCUUCCCAACUUUUGCAAUUUGAUUCAGCUGCAACUCGAUUUUCAUAUUUUCCAGAGUAGUCUUCUAAUAGACUUGCUUCACAGUUGUCCUAAGCUUCAAGCUCUAAAAAUUUAUAUAUCUCAGUUCGUGGAUUCUAUUUCGAGCGGAUCUUACCUAAAAUCCCGCAAUGGUUGGACACAGCCACUUAGCAUUCCUCACUGUAUUGUAUCGCAUUUGAACACCGUUGAACAUCGAGGAUAUCUAAACAGUCCAGAGGAGCAUGAAUUUACCGCUUAUAUUUUACAAAGAGGACUUGUUUUAAAGACAAUGACAAUUCAUACUAAAUAUAGCCUAGAAUCAAAAUCUGAAAUUUACGAGGCACUAUCUGAAAUACAAAGGGGCUCUAGCAUGUGCCGACUUGAAGUAAACUAACUGAUCAGCAUUCACCUGUGAUGAAAUUAGAUAUGACACAAGGAAAAGCAUUAGCAACAGAUGAUGAUGAUUAACACAGAAAUGUCACAAAGUGAAGAUGAAGAGAUCAACAUGGCAGCUUGGAUUCUUGGUGUUAAAAAUCUAUCAAUUCAACCAUAUCCACUUCCUUCUUUAAGUCCCCAUGAUGUUACAAUUAGAAUUAAAGCUGUUGGUAUUUGUGGAAGUGAUGUUCACUACUAUAAGACUAUGAGAUGUGCAAAUUUUAUUGCCAACAAGCCGAAGGUACUAGGGCAUGAAUGUGCUGGAAUCGUUCAAGAACUUGGCACUCAAGUCCAAUCUCUUGCAGUAGGGGACAAGGUAGCCUUAGAGCCUGGAAUCAGUUGCCAAACAUGCAAUUUCUGCAAAGGUGGCCGCUACAAUCUCUGUCGUGGCAUGAAAUUUUUUGGAUCAGCAUCAACUCACGGUUCUCUUGCCAAUAUGGUGGUGCAUCCUGCCAAUGUGUUUCAAGCUACCUGACACUGUGAUUGGUUUAGCUGGUGACCAUCUGCAAAUAAAAGACUCGAUAAUAGAUGUUGAGUUAUCAGAAAAAAGUGAUGAAUCUCAGCUACCAUGUGCUUCAGUUUCAACCAAACCUAGUGGAAAAGAAAAUAAUGUGGAUAUGAUGUCUCCUUCACAUCCAGUGGGAUCAAUUUCUGGUGCGAAAAAUGGUCACACCAAAGACAACGAUUAUGGCCUUGCUAGUGAGAAAUGGUUUUUUUUUUUUUUAUAGUUUUUUAGGUAGUUUUGUUAAUAAUCCUAUAGCAUAUGUUAUUGGACCUAUAAAAGUAAUAAAAAGUUAAGGACAUCUCUUUCAUUUUUUAUUUCCAUGAACAGGUGGCUACAGAUAACCCAUGUAUGUACAUACCAAAAGCAAUGGAUUACUUUCAUAAUUUUAUUUUCAAUCAAUUUCAAUUAAGCAGCAAGUCAUGUAGCUUCUAUUGAGAUGCUGAUAAGUUAUGUUGAAUGUGAAGAUCAUGGUUUUAUUGAAUGAAUAAAUUCUCUGUGUUG